AUGGAGAAGCACAAGCAUCCACUCUUUGGGCGCAAGGAGACGAAGAGGUUCUUGACCAAUCUGAUCGUCCAGUUUCUUGCGAAUGUUCGAGCAGGCGGUACGGACCGCAUGCAGUAUCCGGUUGCGCUCGCGGCAACAGUCCCUGGCUGUGGCAAGACUCGGAUGUGUCUCAGCACACUCCGAGACAUUGUGCCUAAAGUCUGCGCUCCACCAAAAGGGACUCAUGUUCCCUACCUUCGCCUCUUCGUCACCUUGAAUGCUGAUCCGGGCACCACUUGGAACCCAAAAGAACAGGACCGUCACCCCGAGCACGCCAUCGCCAAGCGGCUCUUGGGAAGCUACUUUGCCUUGCCUGAUCUGGACACUGUCGCGAACAUUUCUGUCAAAGCCGCCAUGGAUCUGAUCCGCAGAACCGAGGCAGCCAGGCGCCAAAUUGAUCCUCGCCAGUUGCACAUCUUUAUUGCAGUUGACGAAGCCACUCGCCUUCUCGACGCGAAAGUCAAUCAGUCAUAUCGGCUGAGCGACCACCGGUCGCUUCCAGCCGUCCGACGUCGGCGACGAUUUUGGUCACAGGCUUUGGGUCCACUUCAAGAUAUCUGUCGGAAACCCUCAACCCCAACUUGGAUGAUGAUCGCUGGUACCAAGUCGGACCAGUUGACCUCUGCAAUCUCGACCGUCAUCGCUGUCGACUCGAGUCUGCCCGUUGAGCACGUUCCCAUUGCUCCGCUGACCGGGUCCGCCACCGCCAGGCUACUCGACCACGUCCAAUCGACUGCACAGUCAAGCGAGCAAACUACGCAUGGAGACUGGCGAUUCAAACCGGAGUUCAUGCGCUCUAUUCAGAAUGUAGCCGGUUUGCCUCGCUCCAUCCUUGCAGCGCUCAAGGAAACAUCUGAUACGCUCAAGACAAUCGAAGUUGCCUACAAGCAGUUUCUCGACAUCAUGUCUGCUGUCGUGGCGUUGCUGACAUCGUCGCGAAUGGAGAAUCUCGAUGAGGCUCUUCUCAAGGAACGAUCGUUCGUGUUGGAUCGAGCGGGAAUGGACAAGUUCACUGCCGGCUUCAAGUUCAUUGCGGAGAUGUUCAAGAGCGCGGCCGACUUGCGAAAGUUUUUGAUGCAGCACGCCAACGAGCAAGUGAGCAAGACGAUCCGAACAAAGAACGGCCCCGUCACAACAGUGUACAAGUAUCCUGCCGAAGCCAUUCCAAGCAAAAAGGUGCUCCAGUGGCCGUACGCUCUUGACGCCAAACCACGAAAGCAAAAGAACCAGUAA